AAGAAGGAGCAGAACGGAGGGGCUGUCUGAUAAACCGGGACUGGCUGGGACUAGUUCUGAGGCGUGAUUUGGAAAGAUAAAGCUACAAACCGGAAGCUAAGGGAACGUCUUCCUGGCUGAAAACAAAAACACCUCAGAAGAGAGCUUAAAAUCACGGGACAGUCUCAGAUACAAGUACAAAAUGGAUCCACCGGCAGAGAAGCGGCCGAUAGUUACCAGCCGCCGUCGACCUUAGCUUCCCCCGGCCGCGGCUGAAUACCAACGGCCACGGCGGCGCUGAACCCACGGGAAUCUUUGUUCGCGUUUUUUUCAUGGGACACAACCGGGCUUUCCCUCUGCUUUGACGUGGUUUCACCGACGUGACAGCUCCUCCUUUGGCUAGUAUUGACAAGUACCCGAGGUCCCCCAGUUGUAUGGACUCAUUUUAGUAGAUUUUGGCUUUUUUUCUGACGGUUCGUCUCUUUCUGACCGACGCGGCAGUCAUGUUUUCCGUACGGAUCGUCACCGCGGACUUCUAUCUAGCGAGUCCCAUUAAAGACCUGGACGUGUGCUAUUCUGAAUUCAGGGAGAGCGACGUGAAGAAAGUGCCAGUGGUGCGGAUAUUUGGAGCAACACCCGCAGGUCAGAAAACAUGUCUCCACCUUCACGGCGUGUUUCCUUACAUCUACGUCCUGUACGACGGCUACGGCCAGCAGCCGGAGCGCUACCUGAGGCAGGUGGCCUUCAGCAUCGACAGAGCCCUGAAUGUUGCCAUGGGAAACCCCGCCUCCAACACCCAGCACGUUUUCAAAGUGGUGUUGGUUUCUGGCAUGCCGUUCUAUGGCUACCACGCCAAGGAGAAGCACUUUAUGAAGAUCUAUCUGUACAAUCCUCAGAUGGUCAAAAGGGUGUGUGAGCUGUUACAAAGUGGAGCGGUGAUGAACAAGAGCUAUCAGCCCCAUGAAGGCCACAUCCCUUUCCUGCUGCAGUUCUUCAUUGACUACAACCUGUAUGGCAUGAAUCUGGUCAACCUGGGGGCCAUCAAGUUCCGCAGGGGCCCCAGUAAAGAAGACGCCACGGUGGCCCCGGACAGACAAGCUCCCAGCAGUCGUCCCAGCAUCAGCCCCUGGAAGAGCCCCUGUACCUCCAAGCUUAAUGACAGCACCCUGGGGGGCACGUUUGUCCACUGGGAGGAGAACGCCAUACCCUGCUCUCUGGUCCUGGAGGAUGUGGAGAAGCAGAGCACGUGUGAGCUGGAGGUCGAUGCCGUUGCCGUAGACAUCCUCAACCGUCUGGAAAUCGAAAAUCAGAUUGGCAGAAACCCUGGCCUGCAGGCCAUCUGGGAGGACGAGAAGCAGAGGAGGAGAGAGAAGAACCAGACGUCUCAGAUAGAAACCCCCGAGUCACAAGAUCGAGGAUGUGUCACUUCAACAGAGAGCGAGAAAGUCUUCAUGAAAAGGUUCAAGGAGAUCCUGAAGGAGAACGAGUUUGAUGUGACACAGAGUUUAUCUGUUGGUGAUGCAGAAGAACAAGAGGAUUUCCCCGGUGACCUUACGCUCCAUUCUGACCUCCUGACCUCAGAGGGACUGCCGUGUACGCUGGCUAACGCUGUAGAGGUGCACAGGGACUUGCAGCCAGAAUCGCCUGUUAGGAGCAGCGGAAAAGUCCCAGAGGAGGCCGUGGUGGAUGAGGAGGCCAUCCUGAGUCUCCUGGAGAACAGUCAGACUUUCCUCCCACUCUCCCAGACGUCCAACCACUCACCUCUGUUAGAGAGCAGCCAAGACCACGCUAUCAUCAAUCUACUAGCUGGUCUGGAGGACGAUGGUUUCCGCAGGACGCCUGUCAGACAGAAUUCCCAGUCCCAGUCCCUUCCUGGAGCAAGGAGCUACCACUGCAACAGCGAUGAGGAGGAGGCAGAGCCGGAGGUCGAGAAGGAAGAGGCUGAGCUCAGUAUGAUAAUGUCACAGCGGUGGGACAGAGAGCCUGAGAGUGUUUCUGUACAGAAGCCCGGCCUGAAGGAGUCAGAGGACGGCUUCAGUGACGAGCAGCAGGAAUCCUCUGACGACGACAUGGACUGGAGUGGGAAUAACUCUCUGUUCGCCAACCUGUCCAUCCCUCAGCUUGACGGAGCUGCAGACGAGAGCAGCGAUUCCUCAUUAACGGACAGCGGCUCCAGGUCUCAAUCUUCCCACAUAGUCACAGAAAAGAUGCUCGGAAAGAGGAAUCCCUUCCCGGAGCACAGACCAGGCCAUGUGUUGGACACGGAGCAACCACUUGACAAGCACUUUCAAUCAAAAAGCAGCCAGGACAGCAGCAGUGAAUGUUCAACAGGGUUUAAGGUCAACAAAGAAAUCCCUUACAUCCCGCCUGUCAAACACCCUAUCCCGUGUAAGAUCGCUAACCAUCCUGAGGCGUCUCCCAUCUGUGUGGACAAAGAGGACAUACGACCCCUGUACACCUACGACAAAAAAACCUCCAUAGCUUUGGAUGAGACAGACUUGAAUAGUUUCACGUUUGGUAAUGGAAAGGUCACCAAAAACAGGAAGAAGUACGGCAGCAUGAAGAAUGUAGAGAAGAACUGUCUGUCCAUCCUGCAGAACCACAGGACCUUCUCCCUAUGUUACUCUGAGCUGAGAAACUGCUCAGCCAAGAAAGACCUCGAACUGAGUCAGAAGGACAGAAAAAGUCCAAUUCUGAUGAACAUCUCCUCAUCGCCGUCACCCAUGGAGGACGAGGAUGAGUUCCUGGACCCACGGGCAGAAGAAAUGGGCCAAGACAGCGAGGAGGGAGAUGUUGGUGAACUCAAAAUCAGGUACGAGGACUAUCAGGAAAACAAGACAGAGAGGACGAUAGUAGCCCAACAGGAAGCACACUACAAGUUCUUCCCCAGUGUCAUCCUCUCGAACUGCCUCAGUAGGAAGAAAGCUGGGAGCAAAAAGCCGACAGAACCCUGCAGCGAGCUUGAACAGGCUCAGCCUCGACGAGCGAGAAUGAAAAUGAAUAAAAAAAGGCUGGGGAUGGUGGGAAUGAGGCAUAAAGUCAACACCUCUACCUCUGACAGCCAGCCCACCUCAAAAACACCAGCGACAGCAGACACAGAGAUGAAUGAUGUUGGGGAGAAGCCGAUAAAGGUGGAUGAGCCGGUUAAAAAUGAGCCAGCAGAGGCAGAGUUGAUUGUAAAGCAAGAGCCAGAAAGUGAAGAGGGGUCAGCGAUGGAGCAGAGUGAAUCACCUUCAGAGCCUCUUACCAUCACAGAGUCCAGCGUUUCUGAAGAACCUAAAGAGGAAAGUUUAAGCCCUUUGCAAGAUCUGUCCGCCAAAGUCACCUGUACGAAACCGUCUGCCCUGCCUGGAAGCAAAUACACCCUACGGACCAAACGGAAGAUGCUCUACGACAGCGAUGACGGAGAACACUCAGGUGCCACUCGUUCUAAAAACCCGGCCUCCAAAGAACGACUCAAGGACUCGAACAUCUCCAGCGGGCAGAAACGGCGCAAGAAAGAGCCGCCUAUUAUCAUCAAGUAUAUCAUCAUCAAUAGGUUUAAAGGACAGAAAAACAUGCUGGUUAAGAUGUCUAAGCUGAACGCAGAGGAGCAGGUGGUCUUGUUGACACCAGAAAAGCUAGAGCGCUACAAUAAACUGGCUCCUUUGAAGGAUUUCUGGCCUAAGGUGCCAGAAUCCACAGCAGUUAGGUUUCCAGUCAUGGAGCCAAAAGCUAAAAAACAUGCCAAACGAAAGGCAAAGGUCAGCUCCACUAGUAAGAAAACAGUCAACAAACCAUCCAAACCUCAGGUGAGACAGCGUGAACGGGUCAGAAAGAUCGCAGGCUGUCAAAGAGGCCCACUCCUACCCUCUCUACCCCCUCCACGGCCAUGUUACUGUGAACUAGCGUAUGAUCAUGGCUCUGAGUAUACUGAUGUCAUGGUGGAGCUGGGCUACCUCUCUGAUAGAUCCCCAAGCCCUACGGAUUCAACGCCCCCUCGAUGUUGGUCCCCAAGUGACCCUCUAAUGGACACCAGCAGUUCAGAACUGAUAAACCCACUCAGCGACCCAUGUCUUAGUUCUGCUUUCCACCCCCAUGGCACAGCGUCUUCUUCCAAAGGAGCACAAAGGAAGCGUCAAACUACCAAACCUAGGAAGUCCACCGACACCAGGAAAAAAGUAGACAAGCCAGCUCCCAAACCCCCGGAGGAAGAACCCAAAAAGGAGAAGCCAAAACGAAGUAGGAAUGCCACUCCAAGGCAGAGGAAGAAAGCUAAAGAUGUAACUGAAGAUGCUGUCAACAACUCUCCAAUUCCAACAAAACCAAGAAGGUCUCGCAAAAAGAAGACAGAAGACCCAAAAAGCCAGGACUCAAGUAAAGACGGCUCCCAGCUUCUGUUUCCAGGGGAUGCUGUGCCUUCUUCUGAGAGUUCCUCACUAGAUGUCCCUCCAUUUCAGCAACCAGGUAGCACAGAAAACAAAAGCCAGGACAGUUCCCAGAGUGCAUCUGUAUCAGACUCUAACCCUGCAGUCCAGCCUGUUACACCAAAGGUGGAAGACUGCGAGACGGCCAUCAUGGAGGUCAUCCAGAGCGUCUCAAAGCCAGUUCAGCUUAAGCAGCAAGGAUGCCAGACCACUGUGGUAAAAACUGAGGCUUCACAGGAGCGUACACCUCCUCUGUCUCCUCCUGCUAAUCGAUCUUUAUUGGAAACCAGUAAAGACACCAAGCUAGCAGCAGCCUCCCCACACUCAGGUCCUAAGAACGGGGAGAUUCCCACUCUCUCUGAGACCCCCUCUGGCCUGGCAGUCCUCAAGCAGCUUCUCCAGAGGAGGCAACAGGGACAGGCUCUUCCUCUUCAGGUGGUCGGUACAGACAGCCACUCCACUGCCCUCGCUCAGGCCACAGCUCUGCUAGAUCCAGCUGCUAAAGCAACUAAAUCCAAAAGAGCUCCAUCCACCACUCCUAGGAAACCCAGGGCCCCAAAAUCCACCACACCUAAGGAUAAAAAGCCAAGAGUCCGGAAAGGUAAACCAAGUAGCACUCAGCCUAACAUGUCCGUGAAGCAGGAAGACAAUUUGUCAGAUGACUGCCCCAUCUUCCUGUCAGAGCCUGGCAUGGACAGCUGCACCUUCAUAGAGGACAGCUUGUCCCCAGAGCUGCCUCAUAACUACACCUUUGAUAUAAACGCCAUCGAUCAGACAGAGUUCUCCAGCCCCUACAGCGGCAGUCAGUUUGUCCUGACUGAUAAAAACCUACCUGUGAAGUUCCUGAGUGACGUUAGCCAGGAAGCUGUAUCAGCGCAGGCACCAGGUGUAGAGAAGAAGCUCGAUAGACUCUUAAGUUCAGGGGAGGAGGUCCACAGGGACUCCCACAAACCUCGGCCUACUAGCCCCGAGCUCUUUGACAGACCUGAGAACGGCGAGUCCAAUCACCUCUCAUUCUUAGACCCAGAGAAGAUUAAAAACAGAGAGUGGGACUUCUCUUUAGGUAAAACCCACACACUCAGCCCCUUUCAGGACUUUCACUGUGAGAGAAAAGAGCUGCUCUUUUCCGUCUUCGACCCUGUCCUACCUUUGCCUUUAAGUUCUGCGUCAUUUGUCGACCAUGAUAGCUCGCCAACCGGGGAGAGCAUUGAUGGACUGACAUCCACCACACCUAGCAGCUCUCCACGCUCCAUCAGCUCUCUGUCCCAGGUCAGAGCCAGCCAGCUGCUACGAGGAGCUGGAGGUGGAGCCCACAUUCUCAAGCCCCUUAUGUCUCCACCUAGCCGGGAGGAGAUCCUCAGUACCUUACCGGACUUGGAGAUGUCGGAGGCCACAUUUCUGGAGCCCUUCUGCAGCGACCCCUCUGAUGCGCCAGGGAAACCAAUGGAGGUUGGUGGACGUAAGCUUACUGUGAAUACCAGACUGGCGAAGGAGCUGGUGGAGUUCACUGGAGAUUUGUCCUUGGAGGGCCUGCACUUCUGGAAGACGGCGUUCUCAGCCAUGACGCACCCUGCCACCGCUAUUACCUCAUCUUCACAGGCCAAGGGGCCAGAGGCCUCAGAGGCCAGGAAAGAGCAGCCAGAGCUGAACUCGUCCUCAGCUAGCGACAAGAAGGUCAUCCUUCUGCCCUGCAAGAACCCACCCAGCCGAGAGCGUGUAAAUCUGUGGCUGGAGGCCAGGAGGCAGUAUGAAAGUUUACAGAAAGAAAGAAGAGAUGCAGGGCUGCAGAAGAAUGAGACGGAUGUGGAGGGACUCCAGGAGAGAAUGGAGCCACCAGCGGUGAAGGUUGAACUCUGUGGGAGGCUCUCAAACAUCAGGAGCCAAAGGAGGAAGAAGCGUAGCCUGUCCUUGAUCAUAUCUCCCAUGAAGAACACCGGCUCUCAGAGUAAAUCCACAGAGGUGAGUCCAGUUUCAGAAGAAGGCGGUGCCGAUGUUGAGCAGGAAGUUGGGGAAAAAGAUGAGGAGGAUGAUAAAGCCACCUCUCCAGGGUCUCCAGAGCUGCCUUCAUGGCAGAAGUCCUGUCAGCCCAGCCCCUCAGCGCUACAGCGGCAGAACUCUUCAGAACCACAAUCACCUCAGCUUUCUAACUCAGAGAGACUAGGGGAGACUCUCAGUCCUUCGCUCAUCCAUAUCAGUACCAAGGAAGAUGAGAGGACUAGUCCCCUUCCUCUUCACAGCACCCCCUUUUUAAGGAGACGGCGGAGAAGUAAGGAGGACCUGGAGCCAGUGUGCAGCACACCGAUAUCUGAGGCAGAGGAUCCCAUCUCUCAGAGACUCCAGCAGAGGAGGAGAAGUCAAGCUGACCCGCUGAGAAGAGUGUUACUGAACACACAGAUGAAGAACCAGUUUGCUGCUUUGAAUGUGCCAAAGAAAGAUAACUCUCAGAUCGAAGGACCAAGCAUUGCCAACUCGUACGGCUUCAGAGUCAGCAUGCAGAACCUGCAGGAUGCCAAAGCUCUGCAUGAGGUCCAGUACCUGACACUGAUGGGAAUGGAGCUUCAUGCGAGAACACGACGUGACCUCGAGCCUGACCCCGAGUUUGACCCCAUAUGUGCCUUAUUCUACUGCCUCAGUUCAGACGCUCCGCUACCGGACGAGGACAGCACCCAGCUGACGGGAGCUAUCGUAGUGGACAAAGACCAUCAGAACCGUGACCAAGCAGGUCACAGGAGAACAGCACCCCUGCUGGUCAGGUCGGGUGUCUCAGGGCUUCAGGUGACGUACGCUACAGAUGAGAAGGAGCUGUUCCAGGAGCUGAUCACCAUCAUGAGGAGGUUUGAUCCAGACAUCCUGGUGGGCUAUGAGGUGCAGAUGCACUCCUGGGGUUACCUCCUACAGCGGGCCGCCGCGCUGGGAGGGGAUCUGUGUCAGCAGCUGUCACGAGUGCCAGGUGACUCCAAAGAGAACCGCUUCACUGCAGACAGGGAUGAGUACGGAGCCGACACCAUGACAGAGAUCAGCAUCAUCGGACGCAUCACUCUGAACCUGUGGAGGGUGAUGAAAACUGAGGCGGCGUUGAACAACUACACCUUCGAGAAUGUCGCCUUCCACCUGCUCCACCAGCGAUUCCCCACCUACAGCCCACGCACUCUAUCUGACUGGUUCGACCACAACACCGACCUCUACAGGUGGAAGAUGGUGGAUCACUAUGUGAGCCGUGUUCGUGGUACCAUGCAGCUCCUGCAGCAGCAAGACAUCGUAGGCAGAACCAGCGAGCUGGCCCGAGUGUUUGGGAUUCAGUUCUACCACGUCCUGACCAGAGGAUCACAGUAUCGUGUUGAGUCCAUGAUGCUUCGUGUGGCCAAGCCUCUGAACUACAUCCCUGUGACACCCAGCGUCCAGCAGCGAGCUCAGGCCAGGGCGCCACAGUGCAUCCCUCUGGUGAUGGAGCCCGAGUCUCGUUUUUACAGUAACUCUGUGAUCGUGCUGGACUUCCAGUCGCUGUACCCCUCCAUCGUCAUCGCCUACAACUACUGCUACUCCACCUGCCUGGGCCACGUGGACAGCCUGGGAACGCCUGAUGAGUUUAAGUUUGGCUGCACCUCUCUGCGGGUUCCUCCUGAGCUCCUCUACCAGCUCCGCAACGACAUCACCGUAUCACCCAACGGUGUCGCCUUUGUCAAGUCCUCGGUGCGUAGAGGAGUUCUGCCCUCCAUGCUGGAGGAAAUCCUGAACACCAGGAUCAUGGUGAAGCAGUCUAUGAAAACCUACAAGCAGGACAAAGCCCUGAUGAGGCUGCUGGACGCCCGGCAGCUCGGACUUAAGCUCAUUGCCAACGUCACCUUCGGUUACACCGCAGCAAACUACUCUGGACGGAUGCCCAACAUGGAGGUCGGAGACAGCAUCGUCCACAAAGCCAGAGAGACCCUGGAGAGAGCCAUCAAGCUGGUUAAUGACACGAAGAAAUGGGGAGCGCGAGUAGUUUACGGAGACACAGACAGCAUGUUUGUGUUGCUGAAAGGAGCGACCAAAGAGCAGGCAUUCAAGAUUGGCAACGAGAUUGCUGAGGCAGUGACUGCAACCAACCCCAAACCUGUCAAGCUCAAGUUCGAGAAGGUGUACCUGCCCUGCGUGCUGCAGACAAAGAAGCGCUACGUGGGCUACAUGUACGAAAGUCUUGACCAGAAGGAGCCGGUGUUUGAUGCCAAAGGGAUCGAGACGGUGCGACGUGACGGCUGCCCUGCUGUUUCCAAGAUUCUGGAGCGCUCCAUUAAGCUGCUGUUUGAGACUCGGGACAUCAGCCAGGUGAAGCAGUACGUGCAGCGUCAGUGCGUGAAGGUUCUGGACGGCCGGGCCAGCAUGCAGGACCUGACCUUCGCUAAGGAGUACCGGGGCAGUGGCUCGUACCGGCCUGGAGCCUGCGUGCCUGCCCUCGAACUCACCAGGCGUAUGAUGGCGUACGAUCGUCGUCUGGAGCCGCGGGUGGGCGAGCGGGUUCCCUACGUGGUGGUGUACGGGAUGCCCGGCGUGCCCCUCAUCCAGCUGGUGCGGCGGCCCAUGGAGGUACUCCAGGACCCGAGUCUCCGCCUCAACGCCACCUACUACAUCACCAAGCAGAUCCUGCCGCCGCUGGCCCGCAUGUUCCAGCUGAUCGGCGUGGAUGUGUUCAGCUGGUACCAGGAGCUGCCCAGGGUCCAGAAGGCAUCCUGCUCCUCAGCGGUGGGUGGAGAGGAGGUGGGGAGGAAGGGAACCAUCUCCCAGUACUUCACCACGCUCCACUGCCCCGUGUGUGACGACCUGACCCAGCUGGGCGUGUGCUCCCGGUGUCGCGCUGAGCCUCAGAGAGUGGCUGUCACUCUCUACCAGGACAUGAGGCAGUGGGAGAGUCAGCAAGACCAGCUGCUGAAGAUCUGCAGAAACUGCAGCGGCUGUGCAGAGCGACAGGUGCCCUGUGUGUCUCUGGACUGUCCCGUCCUCUACAAACUGUCCCGGGUCAACAGACAGCUCUCUAAGGCGCCCUACCUCCGACAGCUGCUGGAGCAGUUCUAAUUGGCUCCUGAACCCUGGAGCUCCGCUGAUUUGGUGCUAAUCGCUGCCCCGCCCCUCGCCCCUGGCUUCCUCCCAGUGUUUCAUGGUCCUUUUGGUUGUAAAAUGGUGCUUGGAUUGAACCCUCAUCUGUCUGGUAAAUGUUGUCUGUCGUUAAGUAUUUCUCUGUCUGGUCGGAGCCUCCCAGUUUGAGUUUUCCUCCUCCUGGGGGCUUGUGUUUGUCUUCAUGCUGCCAUCUCCGUCAGCUGCUACGGGCCGAGUAAAGCGGCGACAGACUGCCUGUGGAGGAACGAAGCGGUUUGAACUCAUCGGGUUUUGAGGAGCUUCCUUAAAAUAAGCAUCAGAAACCACUAACUGACUUUUCAGCAUUUUUAUAAUAUCACUGCAGUGUUUUUGUAAAUAGAUCCUGUAUAGCCCCAUCUAUUCUCUCACUGUGCAUUAGCAUUAAAAAAGAAACUACAGCUCCGGCAAUGAAUGCAAUCAAAUCUAUGCAUUCUACUAAAGGAUGCCAUUUCUCAUGCUCCCUCUGAUCGUAAUGAUGUCCAUUUUGGCAGAUCUGACAAGUCGCUCUAUCUAGAGUGAUCCAAGUGGAAACCAUUUCAGUUUUUAAAAACAUCUGGGACUGUUGCAAUACUGUAUUUUGAUAAUUUAUGUCAUUAAGAGUCUAUUAUUUCCUUGUGCAUAAAUGGUUUUGUGUACGUUUCCAGUUUUCUGUGCAAACAAAAAAAAAAAAUCAUCAAAAUACAUCGAGACCCGAUCUUCAACCCCCCCGUACACAGAGCCUGUGUAUUUGUAUAAAUGUACAAAAGAGUAAAGAUGAAGGAGGUGUUUUUUUGUUUGUUUUUAAUGAACAUUGCUGUGGGUGGAGGUUUGAGAUUGAUAUAAUAAAAAGUCAAUGUAUUAAAACGUCUUCUGUCCAUGAUUCAGUUCAAAACGGAUGAAUCACAGAGACGACACGAGCCACAUGACACACAUCACAGCACAUGAAAACACUCCGGCUUUCUCCAUUAAGAGUCCAGCAUUUAAACAAAUCUGGAUUUUGUCAGUUGAUUUUUGCCUUGAAGCUCUUCAUAAGAGAGAAACAGCAGGACAGGCUGUAAACUUCAGUCCAAAAAGACUUUUAGUGCAUAUUUCUUCAGCCUCAGAAAAAAAAACCUGUUUAUUCAAGUGUCUGAAAUGUGGAUUUAGAUGUGAAACUGCUUUUUUCAGAACAGCUUUGUAAGGUUUGUAUGUCUUAAUUGAUGCCCAAAGUGAAUAUAAUUUCCUGCUAAUGCAUCGUCUAAAAUAUGGAAAAAGAUGCUGCCAGUAAAAUGUAGAAUAGCCGUAUUUAUAGGCAUCAUCAAUGAGAUUCAACUGACGAAAUCCCUAACUGGUUAAAGCCCGAGACAACCAAAAAUCUGAUCUUUACAAAAGUGAAACAAGAAAACAAAUCCAUUCAAAUCUUCAAUAACCAUACGUUUCCUUCUGUCUCUGAAAUCACCACAGAAGUGCAAAAUUAAAUCACAUUUUCAAAACGUCAGUUUUUGGCAGCAGGGUGGCUGAUGAUGAUGAUGAAGAGGAGGAAGAGGGUGGCUUUCCCUGGUUCAAUUUAACUGCUCUGCUUAACGUGUCCUCGAGCAAGGCACUGAAUCCUACCAGCCGUGAGACUUCACUGACCUUUGACCUCAGCGUGAGAGAGAGCAGGCCAACACAGACGGCUCGUAGAGAAUCAACAACAAAAUAUUCAGAACAAUCCGGAGUGAAGAGACUCAGAAGUAGGGCUGGGAAAUACAUGCAGAUUUAAGAUAUGUUUUAAAGAGGAGAUUUAUGGUAGAACAAUACUGUUAAUAUCCAUUCUGUUCAUGUUUAUUUAUACACUGUCUACUAUCAGUAAUAUGCUAAUUACCCACACACUCAUCUGUGUGAAAUGUUCAUUCUUAGUGGGGAUUUAUCAUCUUAUUUAGUUUAUUUUAGGCAAUUUUUGUCUUUUAAUUAUCGAAAAUGUCAGGCAAAUUCCAUCAUUCAUAUCUAUGUUUUAAUUAUUAAAAAAAAAAACACAUUUCUCUCUCACUACAUAAUUUAUUUCAAAAUUUAUUUUUCCCAUCAAAAACUGAUUUUUCUUUUCUUGAAGCUACUUUGAUGUAGGGCUGUUUAACACUUAAAUGUUUAAAGAUUAAUCUCCACUGUUUCGCAUUUUAAAUAUUUUUGUUUUAUUUUGGAUUUUUGUACUGUCUUAAACUACAAGUAAUUGACUUCCUGUUUGGAUUAUUUUACUUUGAAAGAAAAUUAUACAUUGUAGUUCAAACAUUAUAAUAUCCACUUAACCAUGAAAAAGGAAAUAAGGGAACUGUAAAAACAUAAAUAUUUGAAAACACUAUUGACUUGUCCACUGAGUUGAAGAAGUGAAAUCAGACAUUAAUGAGCUUUGGUAGACUUACACUAUCUGGACAAAAGUAUUUGGCCACCACUUUUAAUUAUUGAAUUCAGGUCUUUCACAAUCAGCCCUGUUACCACAAGUGUAUAAAAUCAAGCACUUAGCCAUGCAGUCUCAAUUUACAAACAUUUAAGAUCCUACAUGAGUCGCUCUGAAGAGCCCAGGGACUUCAAGUGUGGUACUCCCAUGGUGCCACCUUUGCAGUAAAAUGGUUGGUGAAAUUUCAUCCCUGCUGGAUAUUCCAGUCAACUGUAAGUGAUUUUAUUAGUAAGUGGAAAGCGAGGUCACUGACUGCUCAGGUGCAUGGUGAAGAAAAUAUCACCAACACUCUGCAGAUUGAAGAGCUGAAGAGUUCUGAACUUCCCCUGGCAUUAAUGUAAACACAAAAACUGUGGUGGGAGCUUCAUGAACGUGUUUCCAUGGCUGAGCAGCUGCAAAACUCAGAAUGCCAAGCAUUAGAUGGGGUGGUGUAAAGCAGUUUCUCAACUCUCAAGCUGUUUCUCAACUUGUGGGUCAGGACCCAAAAGUGGGUCGCGGAUGUGUGCCUGGGGAAAAAAUUGGGCACAAUUGUCUAUGAGAUGCUGUAAAACAUGCACGGUUUAUCCUGUUUCAUUGUUUUGUUACACUUUGCCAAGGAACUUACCUGGCACGGCAGAUGGAUUUGUUUCACACAUCCAUCUGGUAAAGCUUCAAUAGGAAACGUUUGAGAAAAGGCAGAGGCUUUGAAAAAAACUCAGAGUAUGAUUAGAUGA